UAAAUGGCAGCGCGUCCACGUAUCGCGUUUCAGUCUGUUGGACUUUAGCGCGCCAAGCACACGCAGCGUAUACGUAAUAUCGCAGCCGUAGGCCACAGAGCGCACAGCUCACAGCUCACAGCUUGUAGGCCUUCGCAUAUCGCCGAGAACUGUGCUCCACCGAUCGUUUCGGCCCGCCGGCUGCUCUUCGAUUUUUCCCCGCGUGGCAAGAGUUUUCUCUUAGUCGGAAAUCGGAAAAGUGCCUCUCGCCAGUGCGGCCAUUGUGAACUGUGGCAACAUUUUCAAAUUUAACGGUAUUUCCCCAAAGCGGUGGGGAGAGUUUUUGAAAUCGCCAGAGAGGUUUUUAAUUGAAUUCGAAUUGCGAAAAUUGAAUUUUCGCGAGGGAUUAAUAAAGCAGAAACAUUUUGGCCGAAAUUUAAUAAAGCUAAUUGAGAGUCUAACAAAGUAACUAAAGUUUAAAAAAAGGAUAAAUUUUAGAAAGGACAAUAGCAGGAGCCCCUAAAGAAAACUGCAAGUGUGGCGAAAAUUGAUUCCAGCAUAAAUAAAAGGCAGUGAAGCGUGGUCGGACAAGGAUAACGGGCAGCGGCAGAGGCAGCGGCAGCGGAAAGGAUUUGCGGAUUGGCGUGUAGGUGGCUAAAAGGGAAAAUCAAUAAUAGCCACAUGUAAGAGGACACCGUCGCUGGAGAGGACACCGUGGCAAUAUGGUGGCUGACGUCCACAGGAUGGGGCAAACGACUCCUUGCUACCACGAGUGAGCAACUGCCGGGAGCUACGGACGGGUGUGAGCGGAAGAAUUGAGAGCGGAAAAUGUCGGACAGAUAUCCGGGCAGCUUUUACGAUCAGCCGCAUUAUCCUUCGCCCCAUCCGGGUGCCCACGCCCACGCCGCCGCCGCCAUGUCGCACUAUCCACCGCAACCCUACCGAUCGGGCUAUACCGGCUACCACCCGUACAGUGGAUACGGUUACGGAGCCUCCGGCACGCCCUCCUACAUGCCCAACUACUAUCGCUAUGCCCCGUAUGCCUCGCCGCACUACAGCCAGCCCCACCAGGGCAUGUUCACGCCCGCCGGCCAGCAGCUGAUCCCCUCCAGCGUGCUCCACUACCCGCCCAGGUCGCAUCCAGCCUACCAGCCGCAGCACUCGGGCUACGAGCAGCCUGCUCCCUCGCCCUACAGCUCUUCCGCCUCAUAUCAGAACCGGGGAUUCGCUGGCUACGCCGGGUACAUGCCCCCCGGCAGAUCCUCCACGCCAGCUCCGAACCGCACCGUCUUGCCACCGAACUACAUGGAGCCACUGCGCGGCUACAAUGAGCAGCAUGUGAACCUGCAACAGCAGCAACAUCUCGGCCACCAGCAGCAGCAACACAUGCCCCUGGCAGCCACACCAAAGCUGGAGGAGCCCGAAAUCGAAGUGGAGGCCGGAGCAGGAUCCCCGGCCCAGCGAUUGACGACCUCGCCGCCCAUGAUAAGUGCCACCGGGACGGACAGCGGCAUCAGCAACUGCAGCACCCGAGCCCGCAGUGACAGCAGCCAGAGCACGCCGGUCUAUAGCGGCGAGUAUCCCGUGAACAUGUCCGUGGAGUCCGCCUCCUGUGUCCCUUAUCACUGCCCGGCAGACGGGCGGGAUUACGAGGAGGAGGAGCACCCCCAGGAGGAGCGAAGGGGGGCGCGACAAUCCGACACUCCGCUCGAUAUUCCCGAUGACAUAAGCGCGACAGCAGCGCCGUCGACUGCGACUGCGACAGCGAUAGCGGCAGCGACGUCGCCAGUGGCCACUGAUAAGGCAGCGAAGGCACCACCACCACCACCUCCACCCCGGCCACCCACUCCCCCGGAUGUUGCACGGCGUGCGGAAAUCAAUUUACAGAAGGAGACACCCACGGAUGAGCCGACGACGCCGCAGGAUACUGCUGCUGCUCCUGAUCCAGUGCGCGAGACUGCAGCUUCGGAAGAGCAGUCCGAAGGACAUGCGCAACAGCAGCAACAUCCUGUGACGUUAGCAACCUCGUCCAACUGGAGUCCAUCGCCGCGGCGCCCGCGCACUCCGCCUGCCCCUCAGAACUCUCCCAUUGGCUUUGGCCAAUCCACUACAAUACCACCAGCUUUGGCUCCUUUUCUCCAGCAGCAGCAGCAGCAGCAGCAACACCAGGCUGGCAACAGCCUCAAGAGGAGUGCAACAUCUGGCAGGAAUCGCGGCGGCAACAACAGCACCACCUGCAACAGCAGUAGCAGCAAUCGCAUCAUAGAGUGCGAUCUCAUUCCGAGCAAGAAAUCAAAAAGGAAGCUGUCCAAAAAGGAGUCUGGAGACAGUGAGAACUUGGAGGGUGCGGAGUCCACGGUCAGAGAACAAAUUAGGGACAUCAAGCCGCUGCCAGGAUUCCUACAGGCCUUUGGCUCCACCGAGAUCGGGCGUUUCUCGGAGAGAUUUCUGCAGACUCCCGAGUCGCUGGUGGAGCGCCUGGCCGAGGAGUACGCCAGCAGCUCGCCCAUUAGCUUCCCAGCCGGAGGCUAUGUAGAGUCCCCAACGCCGCCACCGACCCCAAGCAACUGCUAUCCCUAUGAGGAGCCCAACCACAGCAGCUAUCCCAGGAAUAGAAUGCGUAGCAACUACGGCUACGAAAUGGCGGACUACAUGGCGUAUGAGCGAUAUGCCGCAUACGGGGCGGGAAGACCGGCAGGAAGAGCUCGCUACGGGGAAAUACGCUGCAAUGGCUACUAGAUGCGAUAGAUCGGCGGAAGAACUGGGAGGAUAUAUAGCCUAGGGUUAGUGUUGUUGUAGUCGUGCAUAGUCGUUGUCAUUCGAUAUUCUCUGUGUGUGCCUUUUUCGGUCAAAAAUUGAACAAAGAAUGCCCCGCGUUGAAGAGUUUUUGUUGUUCGGGGGAACUCUUUCAAAAUUUACAAUUAAAAACUAAAAACAAAAAACUAAAAAACAAAAGACAAGAGAAACAAAGAGCCAAAAUAUUGUUAGCAAAGCAUCUAAAUCUACAUGUAAAUCGAAUAAUCAAUUAAGUA